AGACAUUUGCACUUGUCUUGUGAGUGCUCAAAUUGCCCUUACAGAUCAAAUGCUGACUCUUCACAGUGCUGAACAUUUUUGCAGCUGGACAGUUGGGAUGAAUUUUCUAUCUUAAGUAAAAUAUCACAAGCUGAGACUGGACACCUACCAAGACAUGGCUGCUUUUACAGUGAUACAGAGAAUCAUAAUCGUACUGUAUGUGACCUCUUCAUUGGAAAUAGAAAGGCUAAGUCACGCACAGACAGUUGGAAUACUUAGGGAGAGUACAUGGCAUAUGACAUCACCACCCUACAUGGGUGAAACAGGAAAUAACUCUAAACAAGUAAGACAAGCAUAUUGGAAAUCAUUCAAAUACGUGAUUGACAUCAAAAUAAAUGCUUCAAGGGAAAUGGUGCAAGACCGCUUGAGGACCCUUCUUCAAGGAUACACAUAUCCGAACAGUGUCAACAGAAAUGUCACAAUACUCAAUGUGAAUCUCAACACAACUCCACCACCGAAAUUGAUUAAAUACAUAAUUGACUUCAAAAUCAAUGCUUCAAAUGCAGAUGUGAUAGAGCGGUUGAGAGGCCUAAUUAAUGGAAAGAAAUUCCCCAACAGCGUCAAGAAAUGCAUGCAAAUCUCCAGUGCAAACAUCACCACAGUGUGUCUCUCAGAUGCAAACAAAACUGAGUGCAAAUGUGAGAAUCAAUAUGUUUGGUCUUCUGAACAAUGCUCUAAACAAGGGGUUUGCAGCCACAAUCAAAACGCUACUUGUGGAUGCAUCAAUUCUGCUCCAACUGAUGGGACAUUCUGCCAGAGGACACCAGCUCCACCACUAAAAUCAUUCAAAUACACAAUUGACUUUAAAAUCAAUUCUUCAAGAGAAGAUGUAAUUGAGAGGUUCAGGGCCCUUAUUCAUGGACAGAAUUUCCCCAUCAGUAUCAAGAACUGCAUGCAACUUUCCAGUGUGAACAUCACCAAUUUGUGCCUCUCAAAUGCAAACAAAACUGAGUGCAAAUGUGAGAAUCAAUAUGUUUGGUCUUCUGAACAAUGCUGUAGCCACAAUCCAAACUCUACCUGUGAAUUUGUAAAUACUGCUCCAGUUGAUGGAAUUUUCUGCCAGAGGACACAAGAUAUAACCACUCCUGCAACCCCAAACACAACUGAGAUAAUAACGACAAUGGCAAGUCCUUCAGCAUCUACUUCAACAGAAAUACCAACAACUUUAGGCUUUACCACCCUUUCAACACUGGUCCCAAACACAACUCAUGGAAUAACGACAAUGACGAGUACUUCAACAUUCAAUUCAACAGCAGAGACAUCAAAUAUAACCACUCCUGCAACCCCAAACACAACUGAGAUAAUAACGACAAUGGCAAGUCCUUCAGCAUCUACUUCAACAGAAAUACCAACAACUUUAGGCUUUACCACCCUUUCAACACUGGUCCCAAACACAACUCAUGGAAUAACGACAAUGACGAGUACUUCAACAUCCAAUUCAACAGCAGAGACAUCAAAUAUAACCACUCCUGCAACCCCAAACACAACUGAGAUAAUAACGACAAUGGCAAGUCCUUCAGCAUCUACUUCAACAGAAAUACCAACAACUUUAGGCUUUACCACCCUUUCAACACUGGUCCCAAACACAACUCAUGGAAUAACGACAAUGACGAGUACUUCAACAUUCAAUUCAACAGCAGAGACAUCAAAUAUAACCACUCCUGCAACCCCAAACACAACUGAGAUAAUAAUGACAGUGGCAUUUCCUUCAGUAUCUUCUUCAACAGAAAUACCAAACUUUCCCACCAUUUCAACCCUGGUCCCAAACACAACUAAGGGAGUAACAACUAUGACAAGUGUCUCAACAUCUACUCCAACAGCAGAGACAUCAAAUGUUACCAUCCUUACAACCCUGUUCACAAACUCAACUGAGAUUAUAAAGACAAGUGCUACUCCAACAUCUAUUCCACAAAGUCAAACUUCCACAAUAAAACAUCCAACACCUAUUACAAAGCCAACAUCAGCAGCAACAACAGAAAAACCAAAAACAAAACCACCACCAGCAGCAACAACAGAAAAACCAACAAUAAAACCACCACCAACUACAACAAAACCACCAAUAAAACCACCACCAACUGCAACAAAACCACCAUCAACAUCUAAACUUGUAAUUCGUCAUAUGUCAUUGGGGAUAAAGGAGACAUUUAAUUCAGGCCUAAAUAAUAAGGCCAGUGAAAAAUUCAAGGAAUAUAAAUCAAAAAUUGAGACGGCUAUCACAAAAACUUAUGAGAAAGAAGAUAAAUUUGUUUCAGCCACUGUCACAGGUUUUAGACCUGGAAGUGUGAUUGUAGACUUCUUUAUUACAUCAUCUCAAGAGAUCCAGAGUAAUGAGGCUAUAAACCAAGCUCUUUCCAGCAAUCUGAAACUGUCUCAAUUCGAUGUUGAUCCAGCUUCAAUUUCUGUGACUGAGAGGACUAACCUGGUGACGUCUAGGGAAGCAGUGUUUCCUGAACAAAUAAUACAACUCUACUGCCCCGACACCACUGAUCGCUUGGGGAAAAUAGAAUGGACAGUACAUGGAAAACAAUUAGGCCCACCGGUAAAGGGUCACUAUGAGCUCUCACCAGAUGGUAUAAACCUCACAGUCAACAAUGUUAACAAUGAUGACAAUGGUCGUUAUGAAUGCUCGUACAAAACAGACACUGGGCUAUAUCUUAAAUGGGAUGAAAUUGACUUUAUUAAGCCAUAUCCUAGUAUACAAACACCUGUUAACAAGACAUUAGCAUGUGAUGAUGAACCGGUUCAACUAAGCUGCUGUGUGCAUCCUAACUACACUGUAAACUGGGUAGAGGGCACAACAUUGUUGAGUGUCAAAUCUGAUAUUCCAAAUUGUAUUACAUACAUGUUUAAUAACAAAGGGGAAAGUUGUGGGGGGAAAAAAACAUUCAUCUGCAAACUGGGCAAUGAAGGUUUGUUUGGAUUCUCAUACAGCUCAAAAACUGUGGAACUGGAUAUUUCUGAACAGCAAAACCCAAAUACUGUCAUAUGUAAUGAUGAAAUAUAUGGUUUUGGAAAGGUUGGUCUUGAAGCAAAUGGAGACUGUGAGGGGAAUAAAAUUGGCAGCAGAAAAGGAAUAUGUCAACCUAAUGGCACUUGGAAAACUUUCCAGGAUGACUGUGUUCUUCGUAUCAUUGAGGAAUUAAAACAGGAAUCACAGGCUUUAAAUACUGCAACUUUAACAACAUUUUUGAAUAAAGUGAACAAUGCAACCACAAAGAAUGAAGCAGACAUAGUUCAGUCUUCAGCUACAGUCACUAAUCUUGUGGAAAUACUGAAAAACAUUGCAAGUGUGUCACAGACAAUUCAGUUGGAUGAGUUUUUGAUAGAAGAUUUCCUUCAAAUAGUGGAAGUCAUUUCAUCAGAGGCAACAAAGCUUGUAUGGGCAAAUUUAAACGCAGGAAGUGAAAGCCAAGGCAACAGUUCUGAACUCCUUAAUGCUAUUGAAAAUGUAUUAAAAGCGUCAAAUGAGUCAAAUGACUCUUUCAGCAUAACAAGUCCUAAAAACACGUUCCUGUUCCGAAAGAUAACCACGUCUGACCGUUUUUUUAAGGAUGUAUUAAAACUCAACUCCACAGCUGAAAUUGACAUUCCAGAUAUUUCAUCCAAUGUCACAAUCAUAACAGCAGCUUUUUCCACUUUGAACAACAUUAUGCCGGUGAGAAAUCGCACUGACAACUCAAAUAAGAGUGUAAAUGUCAUCAAUGGACUCAUUGUUGUAGUGAAAACAAGUGUAAACAUCAGCAACAUAAGCCUGAGCUUUCAAAAGCUGAAUAAUUCUGGGAAUUUAGCAAACCCUCAAUGUGUUUUCUGGGAUUUUAAUCUUUUUAAUGGCAAUGGAGGAUGGGACUCAACAGGAUGUGAGCGAAUACACGACAAUGGCAAUAUCACUUGUAGAUGCAAUCAUACCACCUCAUUUUCAAUAUUGAUGUCCCCUUCUGCUCCCAAGGAUCCUGCCUUGUCUGUAAUUACCUACGUUGGAGUAGCCAUUUCAUUAGCCAGCUUGGUGGUGUGCCUGAUCAUCGAAAUUAUCAUCUGGAAGGACAUAUCGCGAAAUUCUACUUCACAUAUGCGGCAUGUUUUUAUUGUAAACGUUGCACUUUCUCUCCUGAUCGCCGAUGUGUUGUUCAUUAUUGGGGCUGCCAUCUCCAAUCCUGGAAAGGACAUUAUUAACCUGUGUAGUGCAGUUGCGUUCUUCACCCACUACUUCUACCUGGCCCUUUUCUUCUGGAUGUUGGUCUCAGCCCUGUUGCUCCUUUACCGCACCACCAUGGUCUUCUCUCAAAUGUCCAAAUCAGUCAUGAUGGCAAUUGCGUUCAGUGUGGGCUAUGGUGCACCUCUCAUCAUCUCAAUCAUUACGGUUGCGGUCACAGGUGGAAGUAAGACCUACAUCACAAGGAGUGGAAUAUGCUGGCUGAACUGGGACCAGUCCAAAGCACUUCUGGCUUUUGUGGUUCCAGCUCUGGUCAUUGUGGCUGUCAACAUUGUUAUUGUGAUAAUAGUUGUGAUCAAACUUGUCAGGAGGAGGGUAGGAGAGAAUUCCAGAGAUGAAAGAAAUGUAUUGACAACCAUUGUCAGAUGUGUGGCCAUAUUAACGCCCAUCUUUGGCAUCACAUGGGGUCUUGGCUUGGGGAUCUUGGUUCAACCUAAAGCUUUGGUGAUCCAUUACUUGUUUGCAAUCUUCAACUCCUUGCAGGGCUUAUUUAUUUUGGUCCUUGGAAUACUGAUGGAAAAGAAGGUUCGAGAAGCCCUUACACUGAGAUUGAGACACAUUGGAUCCAAGGCAACACAUAGUUCAAGCUACAGAAGCCAUUACAACAACAACAACAGUACCUCCAACAGAACAACUCUCACUAAUAUUAUUAACAACCUUCUGAGAAGAGAUAGGUAUGCUGUGUCACCUGCCAAUUCCCACUCUAGAUCAUCUGAAUAUGUUAUGACUGCUUAGCUGUACAGAUGAACUAAAUAAUUUCCUGUCGGAAAUCAGGAGUUUUUUCGUGCCUUUCUUUAACAAUGUCUUUCCAAAUUGCCUUGUUUUUCUUGUUCUUUCUCCAACAAUAACUUUCCAAAACAUUCACACUACUACAGGGGUUGAUUUUUCCAAUGUUUUCUAUUGGUUUAACAGAUUGGCCAGUUAAGUAAAAAUAUUACACAAUUUGUAUAAGACUUGUGAAAUCAAAAUUUUAAUCAAGUUACCUUUCAAGCUCUGUUUAAAGUCUAAUCAAGCUUUCCUUUGGUCUAUCACUCUAAUAAAUCCUUGAAUAACAAACACUUGGUUCAUACAGUAUGUGUAUACUAGGGAUGCUUGCUCAGAUUUAGGUUUAGAAAAUAUAUGACUUUUCUAAGCAAUCUGGCCUGAUGGAUGAUAAAAAUAACAGAGGAGGGACCCAAGCCCAAGAUGAUACCAAGAAUCCCACGCACUCCAGAGUAAUUAGUACAAUUUCAUAAAAUACUGUUGAAGAACUGGGCCUUGAACGUGUAAGGUACAUGACGUAACAUUUAGCCUAAUGCAUUGGGCGAUGUUAUUAUAUUGCUGAUGUUAAGGUUCUGAUGUCUGACUUGAUAGCUUUAAAGGAGGAAGGCUCACACACCAUGUAUCUCAAUAGCCUACGGGUUAUUAUAUGAUUAUUAUUAUUUAAUUAUUAUUAUAGAAUAUCAGAGGAAAACAUUUGUCCUUCAAAACGAAAUCACUGUAUUAAAAACAAAAAUUAAAUAAGAAUCUGUAGUCCAUACCUUUGGAAUCCCUGUGGUGAUUCUCUUCUCUUUUUAUAGGUUAAUGUGAAUAAUAAUGAACUGAGAUUACA